AUGUCUCCUACCAUGUCCACCGGCAACGUGACUCUGCCAAUCGGCCUGCCAGCUCUGGAUCCCAUCAGCGCCAUCGGCACAUCCCCCUUCACAACAGCCAACACCUUCUCCGGCGACUUUCUCAGCCUCCCAAUCCCAGACGACGAACAUCUCUGGGGCCUCAGUCCAAUUUCACCAACCAUGGGCACUGCCGGCUGGGAUACCAAAGCCGACACAGCCGCCUUCGCCGGCGCCGCGCUGGAGCGCGAUCUUAAGAACGCCCAAGUCCGCAACGGCCAACCUACACCCCCUCCAUACGACGAUCAGCAUCUACGUGAUACAUCCAGUCUCGAAGCCGAACCGGCAAGUAAACGCCGCCGCGCAAGAGAAUCCAAAACCGCCGCCGCAAGCCUAAGUCCCGACCUAGACGACUGUCCACGAGAAGACCGCGCCAAGCGGCUCAAAUUCCUCGAACGCAACCGUCUUGCCGCCAGCAAAUGCCGUCAAAAAAAAAAAGAACAUACCCAGCAACUCGAAUUCCGGUAUAAAGAACAAUCCGAGAAAAAAGAGUUACUAGUUAGUGAAAUUGCCCGUCUCCGCUCUGAAAUCCUCAGCUUGAAGAAUGAAGUCUUGAAACAUGCCCAGUGUGGAGAUGAACCGAUUAAACUCCAUCUAGCCCAGAUGGUGAAGAAGAUCACUGACAUCGAUGGCGGCGGUGGGGGUGGUGGUGGUGCUGUACCUGUACCUGUACCGGUUGAUCCGCCUAUUAUCCAGUUACCGGAUCAAAUCCCCGGUUCGCCGGAAGAUACGGCGCCUACACCGACAGCGACGGGUGCGCUGGCGCCGAUGGCGUCCACGGCGCUUUCGUUUGGCUUUGAUGAUCCGUUGCAGUUGGAGCCGGCUGCUGCGGCUGCGGCGGAGGCGUUUGAGCAGCAGUUGCGGAGGGAUUCGGAGGUUUCGAUGGUUUCGGAGUCUUCGUAUGCGUUUUCCGCGGAUGAGACUUUUGAUGAUUUGAUUAAUGUAUGA